CGGUUCCAUUCGGGAUUCAGCCAUUCCUAAAUCCCAAAUUCCCGUUCGCCUCUUCCAGUCUUCCCUCUUCUCUACCCUCUUCCCUCUUCGGCUCUUCCCUUCCCAAGUUCGCAGUUCGCAAGUCGCAACUUCGCCGGCAGCCGGCACUUCCUGGCUCCCAGUCCCAAUUCCCUUCAGCUUGACCUUCCCUUCCCACUGCGCUUCCCACUUCGCAGUUCGCACACAGUCGGCGACGGCGAGGUGGGACCUCCUGUUCCAGAUCGGCAGAGCCAGUCUUCCCCUUCGGACUUCGGCUUCCACCUUCCCAACUGCGCAACUCGCACUCUCGCAGACUCGCAGUACUCCUUCGGACCUUCCGUCCUUCAGUGUUUCAAUGGGGGGUGGAGAUAUACCAGAGGACCUGAUCAAAAACGUCCUCCAGAGGCUGCCUGUGAAAUCUCUGUUGCGAUUUCAGUGCGUCUGCAAAUCCUGGUGUGCCAUGCUAAAAAACCCUAGCUUCAUCACCGACCAUUUCCACUUCAGUUCAAACCACAAUGACAACAAGAGAAAUGUUUUGUGGAUCUCUAGAUGUUACUACAGUCGCGGCACCUGCUACUGCAUCUCCAUAAACCCGCCCCAUAUGAUGGUGCCGGUUGAGUUUCCGCUCAAGGGCGGUGGAAUCAGUACCCGUAUAGUGGGUCAUUGGAAUGGCAUAAUUUGUGCACACACUAGCAUAUGGAACUAUGGUGGGGAUCUUAAUCCUAUGAGCCGCAGGUACUUUCUGUGGAACCCUACAACUAGAGAAUACAAGGUUCUCCCCCUACCGCAAUACCUGACUCACGAUUCACGCUGCUAUGGACCAGGAUUUGGGUUCGAUUCAAAAACCAAUGACUACAAGAUUGUAAAAUUUGUCAACUGUUACUCUGAGCCUUGUAAAGCUGAGGUAUACAGCUUGAGAAGUGAUACUUGGAGGGAAAUCCAGGCUCCUCCUGUAUGUUUUGAAAAGUACGUUCUCAAAUACUAUGACAGAAACAUAGAUGGAGCAAUAUUUUGGGCUGGAAUCUCAGACGACCCUGUGAUUGUUUGGUUUGACAUGGCUAACGAAACUUUCCGUUUGAUUCCACUGCCGCAUGAUGUACUCUCCAUUUAUAGACGACAAGAUGUGGUCCAUAGGGUUACGUCGUUCAAGGAAUCCUUUGCUUUGCUUGUUUUUCCCAUGUCGGAAUCUCAUUCUCCUUAUCAUUUGUUUGAUGUAUGGGUCAUGAGUGAACUUGGUGUUGCUGAAUCAUGGGUUAAGCUUCAUAGCGUAGCUUUACCCGAACGUUCAUUGCCAUUAGGACUAUCAAACAAUGGUGAGCUUCUCAUCGUCAAAGGUGGAAAUGGUGCUCUAGCUUGGUAUUACCCUAUUACGCGGAAACUUGUGAAUCUAGAAUUUCAAUCAUCAGAAAGCUUCUAUCCAGGGAAAAUUCAAAGUAUCGAGUCUGUUUUUUACACUGAGAGUCUUGUCUCACUCGGGGGACAAAAUGUGCGUAAUAUGGUCUCAGAUCCUUAUUUCCAGGAUCUUUAUCACCCAGAGAAGUUUGCAGACGAGAUUGAUAUGUAGGGCAGUAGACUGCUAUUAAACUGGAAUAAUCAGCAGGGUAUGCUGCACUCAAGCUACAAUUGAGUUUUGGGUGAGUUUGGAUUGUGGUGCAGAUUCAAAUCUUUUGAAGCCUUGAUGCGUGCAAAUUAAAUAUUUUGCUACCUUCUUUUAUAUCUGAACUUUGCUUAAGCUUGGAUAUGAUUUAUAUUAUCAAUCAUUUGAUGAGUUACUCGCUCGGAUUCCCCUUCAAGACAGUAUGGGUGAUGGAUGCAAGCUCUGGUUUCCAAUGUAUGAAUCAAGUCUCUGUCACAUCCGUUCUCCAACUUUACUUCAUUUACAGCAGCUAGUUUUGUUUUUGAUGUGGCAUUUAUUAAUAUGUUUCUGUCAGACGGAAUUAUUUGCUAUGAGAAAUUGAGAAUUAGAAUUAUUGGCUUGGGAUUCUUUCUCCCCUUUUUAAUUUAAAGUCAACUUGGUGAGUAAUGCAGAAAUUAUUUAAUUUGC